AUGGACGAAUCAUUCAGGGUGAAUUUCCUAUUUGAUGUGAAGGCACAAGACUUUAUCUUUAUAUUCGAUGAGUGCCAGUGCAGGAUGUUUCAGUUUCUGUCUGAUUUAGAGGAAGCUGCAGUUCAGCUGGACAAGAUGAAGAAGGGCUCCAACAUCUCCACCGUGGCGGGAAGUUCAGUCGGUAUUGCAGGAGGUGUUUUGUCUAUUGUAGGAUUAGCUCUCGCUCCCGUCACUGCAGGUGUAUCUCUGGCCCUCACACUCACAGGUGUUGGUCUGGGAGUCACCAGCGGGGUUAACGGCAUCGUCACAGGCAUCACGGAAAUGGCAGUCAACAAUCGUCAUGGCAAAAACGCCAACGACAUCUUCAUCAGUUUUAUGGAAGAUGUGCAGAAGAUCCUGGAUUGUCUGGAAGAUGUGGCCAAAAGGGAGUGUCUUUUACCAGGGGCUGAUGGGGCAACUAAAGGCCUUGAAUCUGGGAAACUGUUUGGGAAUGGUAUUGAUGCUCUUGAGGAUGGGGCUUUGGGUAUAACGCCUCUUGGGGCUGAGGAAAUGGUUGCAGCUGCAGUUAAUGUAGGACUUCAGGAAGCCAAAGCAGUCCGGAACAUUCCCCAACUUGCUGCAGAUCUUCCUGACAUUGGGCAACUGGCUAAAGGAGCUCCUGUGGCCCUUUCCCAGUCAGCCAGGGCUGGGCUUAUCGGCUUAAAUGCCCUCUUUAUUGGCCUGGAUGUACUGUUUAUCUGCAAGGACAGUAUCAGUCUAUCUAAAGGGAGCAAAAAUGAAUUGGCUCAACUCAUUCGCUCCAGGUCAGGUCUGUGGCGCUCAGAGGUGGAGGCGUGGGAGAAGAUCCAUAACUGUCUGUUUGAAGGCAUCUCAGGGUUUUACAAAAAUCGGGAAAUUCUGGAGCAGCCCUUCUGUCCUUAACAUCAACCUGAACUUAUGAACAGAAUGGAUACAAUGUUUAACUCCUCUUAGACACCUGAUUUAAUUCUGGGGUGGAGCUGAGUUUGUGAUGUCACUACAUAUACACCACAUCUUUGGGUCAUGUUUCUCAUUUGUUUAUUAACAUUGUUAAUAUCUGUUAUUUAAUCAAUUAGGAAAUUUAAUUGAUGCUUUGUUGGUUGAAUCAAUUAAUUGACUUGAUGGGACAGUUUUUGAUUUAGAAUCGGUUUCCAUUAUGAAAAUUAUUUACUUCACCUACAAAUGUUAAAGAAUUUAAAUUGACUAUAUGUUUUGAAAAUAUACCACAGAUUCUGCAGAAAAUAAAAAACACUUUCAUCUUUCGUGAAUAACAGAGUUUUGGGACAGCAAUGCUGUUCCUUCAUUUGAGGUUAUGAGUGGUUGGUGCAAUACCGCCACCUUCUGGACAAGAGUGUGAAGCAGAAGAUUAUCAGGAACAAAGGAUAGAGACAUGACAUUUCAACAAACAACAAAAAUAUUACUUUGACACCAGGGGUCCGUUCUUCAUACGUCGCUUGACACAGCCGAG